CUCCUCAUCCACGACACUUCUGCUGCAGCUCGCCGCACGACCACAUCUCCCGCCUUUGUUCACCUUUUCUCUCACGACUCCCUCCUUCUGCGCCGCAUUCCUGCCGCUCCUCCACACUAUUUGCCACCUGGCAUCAGCGCCGCACUCUUCGAAAGCCAACACCUGCGCCACGCCGACAUGGCCUCCUCGCAGUCGUCGGCUGCGUCCGGCAGCUCCUCGGCCGCAUCGUCGUCGCGGCGAGGCGCGACGCCACCGACCUCGCCGCACACGCCGCAGCGGCCUUCGCCCUGCCUCUUCUUCGACAGCGCAUCGGCCUGCAGCAGCGACGACGACGUGCCCGGCUGCCCGGCCUCGCCGUCGAGCGGGCGGCGUCCGCGUCAGCGCCGCCGCCUUGCCGCUGCAGGCGAUGAGAACGCUCCGCCCAAGGCUCGCGUGCGUCCGGUGCGCGUCGUCAAGGGCACGGUGACGCCGUCGCGUGCCGCCGCGAUCUUUCGCAUGCCCUUGGCCACCGCGUCUCUGCCCGCCCCUGCCGCUGCGCCGGCCCUUGAUGCAUGCUCUCCUGCGAGCAAGCGCUUGUGCACAGAGAUGCGCAAGGUGCCUGGCUAUGACUCCGCGCUGCGCUCGGAUGCGCUCACUGCGUGGCGUUCGGCCGGUGCGAGUCUCGACUCCCCGCGUGCGGCCGCUCUCCCGACGCGAGACCUUGGCGCAGCUCUGCUUGCGAUGCGAAGCGGCGCUGGACUGAGAGGGCCUAGGAACAUCCCAGUGCCGCUCAGCUCGUACCAUCGUGCCUUUCAGCCCACGCGCGGCAUCUUCCUGCCGGCGGGCGAUGACUCGCUCGCUGCGGCGCAUCCUCUCUGUGGCUCCUUCUCAUUUGCCGCAGCCAGCGCCGCGCCUGGCCGCGCGUUCCUGGCCGUCGGCACCAACGACGGCAGCAUAGUCCUGCGCGACAUGAGCGGACUGGCAGCCGAGCCAGUCGGGCUCAGCAACUACGAAGAGAUGGCGUACGGCGCAGCCGACGACGCAGAGAACAGCGCCACGUUCCGCUGGAAGGCGUGCCAGGGCUCGGUGUUCGACGUCGCCUGGCGUGCAGACGAUAGAGCGCUCGUUGCCGGCGGCAGCGACUAUGUCAUGCGCACGUGGGAUACUGCGACGCUGCAACAAACGGGCGUCUUUUCCGGCCCGCGAGGCUCGCCGCGCAGCGUGACGUGGGACCCGAGCUGUCCGUCCGGCUCCGUUUUCCUCUCUGCUGGACGCGAUGGCGCGAUCCACCUCUUUGACACGCGCGUGACGACGCGUGUGCCGCACUCUGCCUUCCGACUGCGCCACCAGCAGGAGGCCACGACGCCGGCCGUCAUGUCGCUCUGGGGAGCACACACGAGCCUGCCGGCGCGUCCGCGGCGCGGCAAGGGCUCGCGCGGCGGCGGAGAGGGCGUGCUGCUGCCCAAGGGCAUUAUGAGCGUCAUGUACGUGCCCUCGCGCGGCGCGCACAUGGUCGCCAGCGCCGGCUGUGCCGACGGCGUGGUCAAGCUGUGGGACCUGCGCAACUACUCCGCCGGGCCGUCUGAUCAAGCCUCGACGCCAGAGCCGUCGGACGAUCUGGCGCCGGAGAUGGAGCCGUGCGAGGAGAGCAACGACGUGACGCGCGGCCCGGGACGUUUUGCCAGCUCGCACGGCAUCUCGUCGAUCGUUGCCAGCGACAGCACGCUGUACGCUGCGUCGACGAACGGCAGCAUCUACUCUCUGGCGCUCGCCGACCUCUCGCCAACGCUGACGCCGCUGGGCCGUGCGCCGGCGCUCACUGCGCCGGCGCAGCGCGGCAACACGCUGUACGCUCGUCUGGCGCUCAGCGCCGACGGCCGCAGUCUUGCGCUCGGCUGCAACUCGGGCACCGUGGCGCUCUGGGACACCUGGGCUGCCGCGCGCGAGACGAACCACCAGCCGGCGAUGCUGCAGGCACAUGCCAAGAACUUCGAGAUCAACGCCGUGUCGUGGGCACACGGCCCGCACGGACAGACGCUCGCCAGCAUCAGCGACGACUACUCCGUGCGCCUCUUCCGCCCGCAGCCGCUCGGCCAGGCGGCUGCGCCUCGCAGCUGCUUCUAGACACGCACAUCAGACAGAUACCCCUUCCCACUCAUCGCCCAGACGAAGCCCUCAUAUAUUCCCCCACAUCGACAUACAAUGAUCCAUAGGCGUGCGACCC